AUGGAAUUUAGGAGUACGGGACCCCAGCCAUUUGAAGGAACCAUCAAUCCAGAUGAGGUAGACCAGUGGGUGGCAAAGAUGGAGAAAGCCUUUGCCAUAAUGAACUGUACUCCAGAAGAGAAGCUCAGGUUCAGCAUUUAUAUGAUUCAAGGACUUGCAAAUGACUGGUAUAAUGGGGAAAUUAGGAUCCGACAAGGAAAGGAGUUUGAAUCAUGGGAAGAAUUGAGAAAGGCUUUUAGUGGGCAGAGUUCCAGGGUCAUACCAGCACAGAAACCUCAAGCCCCUCCAGAGCAGCGUGCAGGAAAGGUUGUUAGUGGGCAACCAUCCUCCUCAAACAAUCAAAAGGUGGGUAGACCUAAGACUCAAGGGCUAGUCUAUGCACUGACUCAGGAGGAUACCCAUGGCUCUAAUGCUGUGGUGUCAGGUACCUUACCAGUCUAUUCUGAUUAUGCCUAUGUUUUGUUUGAUUCUGGGGCUACGCAUUCCUUUAUUUCUUCUGUAUUUGUUUGGAAGCAUGCUUUACUUACUGUUGUGUUGGAUUAUGAUUUGAGUGUUUCUAUGCCUGUUAGUGAUGUCUUAGUAAUCAGAAAAGUUUGUGUAAACUAUCCUAUGGUAAUUGAUAAUCAUGUGUUGAUAGCUGAUCUCCAUGUCAUGAGCAUGAAGGACUUCGAUGUUAUUUUGGGAUACCACCAGUUGAAGAUCAAGCAAGAGGAUGUGACAAUAUCUGCAUUUCAAACUCGUAAUGGUCAUUCUGAAUUCCUAGUAAUGCAUUUUAGGUUGAGUAAUACACCAGCUGCUUUCAUGAAUUUGAUGAAUAAAACUUUCAAACCUUUCCUGGACAAAUUUUUUGUGGUGUUUAUCGACGACAUCUUGGUGUAUUCCAGAAAUCAGGAGGAGCAUAAAGAGCACUUGAGGAUCAUGUUGGGGACACUCAGAGAGAGGAAACUUUUCACCAAAUUUUCCAAGUGUGAAUUUUGGCUAGAUCGAGUGGUUUUCCUUGGCCAUGUCAUAACCAAAGACGGCAUCUCUGUGGAUCCUACCAAAAUUGAAGCAGUUGUAGAGUGA